UCCUUGGCACUUUACAACUUCGUACCGGAAAACAGCAACGAGCUCGCCCUCCGCGAAGGUCAAAUCAUCCAAGUGGGCUACCGACAUGGACAAGGCUGGUUAGUAGCCAUGGAUCUUGAAUCAGGAGAACAAGGUCUCGUGCCAGAGGAAUACGUGCGCCUGCUA